UCCUUGCAGAAAGACCAGCAAGUGUUAGAAUCAAAGAACAAGGAAUUGCAGUUGGAAAAAACAGCAUUUUUAGAAGAAAGGCAGGAUUUUGAGUGUAAACAGCAACAACUUAUUAUGGAAAAGGAAACUUUAGAAACUGAAAAGGAACAAUUUCUUAUAAAAACAAAAUAUCUGCAGCAACUACUUGAUAAGUUAACAAAAGAAAAUGAAGCUCUCCAAGACUCUCAGUCCAACGUAAGUAAACAACUGGCAGAAAUUCAGAUAAACAGCAGAGUAGUAGAUUGUGAACGAGCACAGCUGCUUCAAGAAAAGGAAGAGUUGUUAUCAGCCUAUAGGGCAGCAAUUACAGAAAAAGAUGAUUUUGCAAAAGAAAAGGAAAAGAUUGCAGAAAAUUUCCGCAAAUCAUGUACAGAGACAGCCAUUGCUCUUGAGAAAUUGACAAAAGAAAGAAAUGACCUGAUGGUCGAAAAGGACUCUGAUUUACUGAAAUACUCAAAGCUUGAAGCUCAGUAUGACUUUUUAGCUAAGGAGAAAAAUCUGCUCCAAUCAGCAAAUAAUGAUCUUGCAUCUAAGAAGGAAACUCUUGAGAAUGAGAACAGAAAUCUCAGUUUAAAUUUUCAGAAGAUUGUCCAUGAAAAGCAAGCCUUAAUUAAUGAAAGGGACCAACUGCAGAAUUAUAGUGAUCUUUCGAAGGAAGAAAUAAAAAAAUAUAUGAAAGAAAAUGCAGAGCAUAAGGCCUCCAUCUCCAGCCUGUCAAAACUCUUGGACGAGAUUAAGAGUAGUAGGGAGGUAACAGACUCUGAACGUGUCCAGCUAGUCCAAGAGAAGGAAGUGCUGACAACAUCUCAAAGAAAACUGACUGUGGAAAGGGAUGAACUUGCUAAGGAAAAAAAUGAGUUGUUUGCAAAGCUACAGAAAUCCCUUGAGGAGACAGCCAACAUUGAGAAAAAGUUCAAUGAAGAAAAUGAUGCACUGAAAACAGAGAGAGAUUCACUUAGGCUGAAACAGACACAGCUCAAUACUCAUUGUGAAUCUUUACAAAGAGAGAAGGAAACCUUAGAAACAAAAAGCAAUGUGCAAUUGUCAGAAAAUGAAGCUCUUUCAGGCGAGAUAGCUAGAAUUAAAUCACAACAACAGCAGCUCAUCACUGAAAAUACAGCCAGAGAUGCAGAAUGGGAUCGGCUGCUCAGCAACAUUGAGUUCUUAAAGAAAGAAAUUGACCAACUGACCAAAGAAAAUGAAGGACUCCAGGUCUCAAAAUCAAAUUUGUCUACACUUUUGGAUGAAGUUCAGAACAGCAAAAAAAUUGUGGAUUCAGAGAGAUUCUGCUUGUUGCAGGAGAAGCAGACACUCGUAGCUGAGCUUCAGGAGCAGUGCUCUGAAAAUGUAGAUCUUACUGCCCAAAAGGUGGAAUUAGAGGAGAAAUUCAGUAAAUUGAAUGAACAGGUGAGAUUAUUUGAGAGCCAACUAAUACAAGACAGGAAUGCAGCAAAAGUGGAAAAAGAGUCUCUCAUUAUGGCUCAUUCAAAACUUGAAAAUCAUUUCCAGUUAUUGCAGAAAGAAACAGAUGCCCUUAGAGCUAAAAAUGAUGAACUACUUUCACAACGAGACUUGCUAGUAAAAGAAAAAGAGAUCAUUGAUAUUGAACUAAAGAAGUCUGCUGGUGAGAAAGAAGACCUAAUAGUUGAGAAAAAUAGGCUGAUGUCCAAUGUUGAACAGCUAAAGAAAGAGCUUGAUAUAGUAACAAAAGAAAAAUUAGAGACUGAGGUUUCACAAUGCAAUAUUUCGAGACUCCUGGAUGAAUUCCGCAGCAGCCAGAAGGUAUCCGACUUGGAACAGUUAAAGCUCCGGGAGGAGAAAGAUAAUUUACUGGCUACAGUACAAAAACUACAUACAGAAAAAGAAGAGCUUGUUAGAAUGAAAGUUGAGCUAGUUGACUCCCUGUGUAAGGCUUCCAAAAAAGUUGAAGAGGCUGGACAGUUAUUAGAGAAGGUGAUGAAGGAAAAAAAUAUGUUGGAUCAACAGAAAGCUGAAAUGUUGAUAGAAAUAGAAGAAUACACACUGAAAAACCAGAAGCUUCAAAAUGAGCUGGAAGCUCUUAAGGAACAAAACAGUAAAUACCAAGAAGAUUUGAACCAAUCAAAACAGCAGCUCAGCUCUGAAAAUAAAAGAAUAGGAAGCCUUUGCAAAGAAAUGUGAG